AUGCCUCCAAAGUCUCCUCAGAAGCGAAGGCCGGUUCCCGUUAAACGAGAACCUGUCGAUGCUGCAACGGAAGAAUCGAAUUUAAUAGAAUGGUCUCAGUCGCCUCCCCUGACUAUACUUGUCAAGCCUACACUGAGGCUUAGUUCUUCGCGGAGUUCACGGUCUAAUGCAAUCAAGCCGAUUAAAAACGAUAUUAUUGAAGUCACUUCAUCCGAAGGAGAACAAAAAACACCGGAACUAGAUCCAGACGAUAGUAUGUUUCGGGGACAGACAAUGAAGUCUAGAAUUCAAUCUUCCAAGAAACCUAUUCCGGAUGAUACACCUGUAAGGACCAGAAGCGCAUUCGGCAUAUAUAAAAAGCGCGUAUUGGAUCCAGAGGGAAAUUUUGUUGUCAACCCAGAGACUCCCUCCAAGAAAACCAAGAUGUCUUCAGCUUCAAACGAAAAUAGCGACGACGACGUUGUAAAAACCCCUAAACGUGCCUCACCGUCGAAGGCUGUACGGUCACGCGUUACUGCCGUCGGCGAUAAACACGACAUCAACUUUAAUCGCGCUGGUUCGCAACAAGAUGCACAAAGAUCAUAUAAAUCUCGAUCCGCUAUCAAAGAUGUAUCCAUCGUCCAAGAAGAACUUGACGAGACAAGCUCUGAACGUGAAGCUUUGGGUGGGGAGAAUUGCGAUUUGGAUGAAUACGACUUAGCCGAUCCUUUCAUAGACGAUGAGGCCGUAGGGGACGAAGAUCGCGAGCAAAUCGGUCGUGAACAAAUCAAGUCGCCCUUAGGUCAUAAAGGGAAAGCCAAAGCGCGCUUUCAGUCUCCUUUAAUAGAGCAGUCGGAUAACGAGUCUGACGUUGAAGAGGAAGAGGCGAGACAGAUACAGAUGGCAACCAAACGAAGUAUCGCGGACGUCAGUCCAUCGAAAUCAGCAUCGUUCAAAUCGGGCGAGGGAAGCAGUCAAUCUCACGAUGUCACCAAACAUCGCUCGGAUAAUCCUCCUAAAACAUUCGCUGACAUGCUUGCCGAGAAAAAGAAAUCAACAUCCAAUGCGAACGUUGUUCAUUUAAGUGAUGUGGAUACAUUGAGGCUAACGUCUUUGCCUGUCUCUUGUGAAGUUACCCAGAUGGAACUCCAAGACGCUUACCUUGCAGACGACUACGCGUCGUUACCAAACUUAAAUCGUGGCAUUCUGAUCUCAUGGAGCAAUGCAAAAGGUCCUGGUCAAAUUAUGUUAUCCGCUUGGGAAACUUACUGCCCUCAUAUGUUAUUUGAUAAUUGUGUUAACGCCAUCCGUUUCGAUUUAUCUGGCCGCUAUGUUAACCCAUCGAGAGCGUCCCCUCUGGAUGUCUCCGCAUAUAAAGCGACACCAGACGGAGAACGCCUACAUCUUCACAUAAAGAAUCAGCCGGCUAUCAAUGUGUCCAGUGUAUUCGUGACUGCAUCAAAUCUGCAAAAUCCACCGGAACGGGGUUUACGCCAGAAAUCCAUCUCGGGUAUACUUCAUUCUCAGGAAUGGGAUCGUUUUUGCGGCUUCAUAUGUAUGGCUUUCGGAAAGAAGGAGCUACAUGCGCAACUUGAGAAAGAUUCUUUACUUUUCUCUACGAAAAGUCAAGGAACAGGUGCCGGCUUUUCACCCGGUAAACAACCGUCUGGCAUGUUUAACAGCAGCGUCAGUCCUUCUACGAAGCGCGGUCAGCCAAAGGUUAAGACUUCGGCUACUUUCUUCUUGGAUUUUGAUGCAAUCAUACCCGUCUACGACGGGCGGAAAUUUAACUUCGAAUAUACAGCUCACAAUCUCAACAAUUUGGACAAGAUCCUCGACCGUUACGAUGAUGAAAUUCCAUACGGGUCUUUUGCUGUUGUUGGUUACACAACAUCUGUAUACAAGUCUAAAACAGGGAAUUACUCUCUGAGUUGCAACAUCCAGUGGGUGAUUUUGAUAGGUUGUCCGGAAGAUUGA